AUGGUGACCACAAGAGGCAUGGAGAAUCCAUAUCCAAUUCAGAUGAUAAGAGACCUGCAAGCACAGCUAGAAGAACAAGCCCGAAUUAUUGCAACUUUACAGCAAGAAUUACAACAGAAGAAAACCGAUGAUGCCGAACGCAGCAAAGAAAAACAACACGACCGGGAGACAUCAGAAGAUAGUCAGAAUCAUAAUCCGCCUCCUCCCCCCCGGUCCCCAGACUUCUUGCCGUUCACUGAUGCCAUCAUGCAGGCCCCUAUGCCCGACCGACCUCCACCUCAGGUUGAGAAGUUUGACGGCACGACGAAUCCAGAUCAUCAUUUGCGGAAUUUCAUUGAUUCUAUGGCCUUUUACACUCAAAGUGACCCAGUAAAAUGUCGGGCAUUCUCCCUGUCGCUGAGGGGAGAAGCCCUAGAGUGGUAUUACACCCUUCCACCCAAUUCGGUGGAUAGUUUCCGCACGCUAACAAGCAUGUUCAAAAAGCAAUAUUCCACCAACCGGUAUGAGGAGGUUACUGUUGCCGAGCCAGUUAAUCUCAGACAGGGGAAAGACGAAACUCUCAGAGCCUUCAUGCACCAAUACAACCAUGCCGCCCGGAGGAUAAAAGGGGCCAGUCCCGAAUUCAUCAUCGACAGUCUACCCAACUGCCUAAAAGCAGGAUUCGUCUCUGAAAGCUUAUAUGCCGAGUUACCCAAUACGUUGGAGGAGCUGCAAGAAAAAAUGGCCAAAUUUAUCAAAAUGGAGGAUCAGAGGAUUUUCCGGAAGCAACAACACGAGGAACAUCCGGUAAAUGGAUGCCAAACUCUUAAAGAUGAAUUGGAGAAGUUAAUCCGUGCCGGACACCAUCGAGAAUUCGUCAAGGAGGAUUCUGGCCGCGCGGGACAUUCUCCCAGAAAAACACGAAGAAGCCCAGAACAAGCAAAACGGAAGGGUAACCAUUCACGCGACCGUUCUCGAAGUCCCCCGAGCCACAGAACUCGCAGUCGACCUAGAGAGCGAGAUCCCAUUGUCAAAGGCAAGGUUGAUACCAUCUUAGGCGGUUUUGCUAGAGGAGGUGCUUCAUCCUCAGCCCGGAAGAGACAUUUGAGAAGUCUGCGCAGAGUACACUCAGUGGUACGCAAUCCAAUGUCAAUGCUUGACAUAACCUUCACAAAUAGGGAUUUUCACGCACCAGAUCCUGAUCAAGAUGAUCCCAUGGUCAUCGCAGCCCCCAUUGCACAAUACGAUGUGAGUAAGGUCCUUGUUGAUCAAGGCAGUUCAGUCAAUAUAUUAUACCGGACAACCUUUAGAAGAAUGGAAAUCGGAGAAGAUAUAAUUGCUCUGUUUAACGAGCAAAUUGUUGGUUUUGCUGGAGAAAGAGUAGACACCCGGGGAUAUCUCGACUUACGAACCCGCCUAGGGUCCAACGAUGAUGGUAAAGAGCUCAGAGUUCGCUUCUUGCUGGUAGAAGCGAACGCGUCCUAUAAUGCACUUUUAGGACGCCCUUGCCUAAAUGCUUUUGGGACGAUCGUGUCAACCCCACAUUUGGCAAUGAAAUUUCUUACAGACAGAGGAAAUAUAUGCACCGUCCGGACAAAUCAGAAAACCGCCCGCCAAUGCUACGUAGCGGGCUUAAAGGUGACACCUUACAGAAGAGAUAACCGUACUGAGGCGAUCCUGAUUGAUCUUGAUCCCAGGACCAAUACGGACGAGCGAAUACAACCUCAAGGCGAGAUAAAGCCUUUCAUAGUGGGCAUAAAUGAACAACAAACUACUUCCAUCGGGGACAGCCUUCAGCCGUUAGAAGAAAACGCAUUGAAGGAGUUAUUAAAAGGCAACAACGACUUGUUCGCCUAG